AUGAGUGGGGUGUGGGGGACCGGGGGGCCUCGGUGCCAGGCGGCGCUCGCGCUCUUGGCCUCGCUGUGCCGGGCCCGGCCGCCCCCUCUCGGGUUGGACGUGGAGACUUGUCGGAGCUUCGAGCUACAGCCCCCAGAGAGGAGUCCGAGCGCGGCCGACUCAGGCACCUCUGUCAGCCUCCUCGCAGCCGUAGUGAUUGUGUGUGGCGUGGCCCUGGUGGCAGUUUUUCUCUUUCUCUUUUGGAAGCUGUGCUGGAUGCCCUGGAGGAGCAAGGAGGCCUCCAGUCCCGCUUCUGCUAACCCUCCCCCGGACGCCCUCCAGAGCCCGGGCUCCAGAGGCAACAUGGCAGACAAGCUGAAGGACACCAACACGCUGGGCUUCCUAGAGGCGGCUGUGAAGAUCAGCCACACGUCCCCAGAUAUCCCGGCCGAGGUGCAGAUGUCAGUCAAGGAGCAUAUCAUGCGUCACACGCGGCUGCAGCGACAGACCACAGAGCCAGCAUCAUCUACCAGGCACACGUCUUUCAAGCGCCACCUGCCACGGCAGAUGCACGUCUCCAGCGUGGACUAUGGCAACGAGCUGCCGCCGGCGGCAGAACAGCCCACCAGCAUUGGCCGAAUCAAGCCUGAACUCUACAAGCAGAAGUCGGUGGAUGGGGACGAUGCCAAGUCGGAGGCCGCCAAGAGCUGUGGGAAAAUCAACUUCAGCCUGCGCUACGACUACGAGAGCGAGACCUUGAUCGUGCGCAUCCUGAAGGCCUUCGACCUCCCUGCCAAGGACUUCUGUGGCAGCUCUGACCCCUACGUCAAGAUCUACCUCCUGCCUGAUCGCAAGUGCAAGCUGCAGACCCGGGUGCACCGCAAGACGCUGAACCCCACCUUCGAUGAGAAUUUCCACUUCCCAGUGCCCUACGAGGAGCUGGCCGAGCGCAAGCUACAUCUCAGUGUCUUCGACUUCGACCGCUUCUCCCGCCAUGACAUGAUCGGAGAGGUCAUCCUGGACAACCUCUUCGAGGCCUCCGACCUGUCCCGGGAAACCUCCAUCUGGAAGGACAUCCAGUAUGCCACCAGUGAAAGCGUGGAUCUGGGAGAGAUCAUGUUCUCCUUGUGCUACCUGCCCACAGCGGGCCGGCUCACCCUCACAGUGAUCAAAUGUCGGAACCUCAAGGCAAUGGACAUCACAGGCUACUCAGAUCCAUAUGUCAAAGUGUCCCUGAUUUGUGACGGACGGAGACUGAAGAAGAAGAAGACAACCAUAAAGAAGAACACUCUUAAUCCUGUCUACAAUGAAGCCAUCAUCUUUGAUAUUCCCCCAGAGAACAUGGAUCAAGUCAGCCUGCUCAUCUCGGUUAUGGAUUAUGAUCGAGUGGGCCACAAUGAGAUCAUAGGAGUCUGCCGCGUGGGGCUCAACGCUGAAGGCCUGGGCCGGGACCACUGGAACGAGAUGCUGGCGUACCCACGGAAGCCCAUCGCACACUGGCACUCCUUGGUGGAGGUAAAGAAAUCCUUCAAAGAGUGGCAGGGCCGGGCUGCCAGCUUUGACAGCGAGAGCUCGUGCCCGUCUCCGAAACCACCUCCCACACCAUGA